UGUAAUUGUGGGUCGAGACUCGAGAGCGAGGUCUCGAAGAGAAGUUCUUCACGAUCACACCGCACAUUCCCCAAGUACGCUGGAGAUUAUAAACCGAAAACAUCAGGGAAUAUGAACACCUGCGAUCCAUUCCCAUCGUAGUAUUGGCGCCUUCGAUGCCACGUCUGAAUCCUCAAGACCUUACUUCUGCCCUCAUUUCCGCCCUGGAGCCGAAUACUGUUUCACCUGUCUCGGCGCCAAAUGGUGUUGUCUUUGACAUCCUGCUUGCCGAGGAUAAUACGGUUAGCCAGGCACUAGCAGUCAAGAUUCUGGAGAAGUAUGGUCACACUGUCGAGAUCACAGAGAAUGGAAGUCUGGCUGUCGAAGCUUUCAAGGCACGAGUACAAGUGAACAAGCCAUUUGAUAUUAUCUUGAUGGAUGUAUCGAUGCCUUUCAUGGGAGGAAUGGAGGCGACUCAGCUUAUCCGAGCGUAUGAGAUACAUGAAGGACUCCUACCGACUCCUAUCAUCGCCCUUACUGCUCAUGCCAUGAUCGGUGAUCGCGAGCGAUGCCUGCAGGCAGGUAUGGACGAUCAUAUCACCAAGCCCCUUCGUCGUGGAGAACUCUUGAAUUCGAUCAACAAUCUCGCAGGCUGGCGCGCACAGUUAGCCCAGCAGCACCUUCACCACAGGCCACCUGCUUUCAUGACAACAUGACUUAUAUUUUCGCACGAUUUCAUUGUUGCAGGUUUCGUAUACCCUUGUAUGAUGUCGAUUCCAGUUUGUCGAUGCUUCUGCUCAUCUUUAACGCUAUUGUUGUCAGAUUAAUCUGUACGAUAGCAUAUUUGUAGCACUCUCUCAGACUCAUUGCGUGAUCUCAUAUUCGAACACCAUGUAUAUUAGUGCGUCAUCUUGUACUUUGGUUCAUUAUACAUCCAACUGCUUUCCUUCCGAUA